AGGGUGAUCUAGGAAUGAAAUAUAUAGUAAAAGUAUAUGAAGAUUGUCAACAUUCAGAUUUGUUACCAUGUUUGAAGAAGAAGGCUAUAUUGUUCUUUGAUCGUGCAGCAAGAAUGGAAUCAAUUCCUGUAGUCAAUGGUAUAGAUAUAGUCAAAGGAUCGGAAGUAGAAAUUGCACCUAUUAGUGAGAAUGACAUAGAUUCAAAUUUGCCUAGAGGAUUUGGUAGCAAAGAUGAAAUAUUAUCAGCCAUGUUAUGGGAUAGGAUUGCUGCAUUCGCUAAUUCAAGGACGGUUCAGUUUUCAUUACCGAAAAUGUCUGGUGAAGAACUCAAUAGAGGAGUUGAAGAAGGUCGCGGCAAGAUGAAGAAAAUGAUGGGGAUGAUGAUGAUGGGAGGUGUGAUGAAGUUAGCAGCGAUGAUACCAUUAGCCAUGGCCGGUCUCUUCGUGCUGGCAGGAAAAGCUUUAAUUGUGUCAAAGAUCGCGUUAUUACUGGCCGGUAUCCUCGCUAUUAAGAAAAUAAUAUCACAGAAGAGUAGUGGAGGUCAUGAGACUCACGGCUGGUCAUCAGGGGGCGGCAGUGGCGGAUGGGAUAAGAGGUCCCAUAACGAUGUCUCAGAUCUAGCAUAUUCUGCGUACAAGACUGAAUAGAUUUAAGUGUUUAACGAAUAAUGCCACACUUUUAGUAGAUAACUACUACACUAAGGGUCUUAGUAUUGCUUUCUUAUAUCUAGUAUUAAUUCUUAUUUCUUACGUACUCCGCUGGCGCAUUGAUCCAAAGUGGGUCUUAGCCUCCGACACGAGAUCGCCAAAGUCGCCUGUCCUGCGCCUUCUCCUGCCAGUCCAUCGCUUGUAGCUCCCGCAGAUCCAGCUCUACGGCGUCUCGCCAGCGGUACCUCGGCCAACCGAUUCUUAAUUCUAAUUAGUAAAUAUUUAUUUAUUUAAAGUCUAUAUUAAAGAAUUAGUGUAACUGAUCCCUAAAGGACUGCUUUAGUAAUCAAUUUUGAGUGUGGUAGUAAGACAAGUUUGGGUUUUCUUUGCUUAAUAAUAUUAAAAAUAUAUAAGUUAUAUGACAUCUCUCUGACUAAAGUAUUGUUAUUUUAAGAUUGAAUAUGUCUAUUAAUUAUUUUUAUAUUAUAUUAUAUUUAAAAAAAAAUCCUAUAAUCUACGAGUAUUUGGAUUGGUGAUAUUAUGGAGACUCAAUAGGUAACAUUUUAAACGAUCAUGCCUUUUUAUACUUUUUUAUUUUGGA